AUGAAAGCUAGAUAUCUCACUUUCUUUUCCUAUUUAGGUACUAAAUUUAGAUCUUCAGAAAAGCUAUGGUUUAAAAAUGGAAAAAAUUACCCGGACCCAGAAAGUAUUCAAGGUUUAAUUGAAAUAGGUCUUUCGAGACUCAGGAGUCUUAAUUAUCCUAACCUCACUUUAUCCAGCCGUACAGAUGGUGGAGUGCAUGCUAUCAAUGCAAGUGCCCAUUUUGAUUUGGAGAGAUAUGGUACGAAUAUAUAUGAUCCCGAGCAUAUUGUGUAUGAAUUGAAUAAAUUUUUCUACAAGAAUGAAGCAAGUAUUUAUAUUAAAAAGUGUUUAAGAGUGUCAGAUGACUUUAGUGCCAGAUUUAAUGCAAUAUCACGCACAUACUUAUACAGAUUAGCGGUAUUAAAACAAGACAUUGUAUUGCCUGAAAAGUCUGUAAUUUCAUGCUAUAUGCCUAUUGAAGAAUGGAAAAAGUGUUACUUUAUAAGGAAUCAUGGCUUUGACAUUGAAAAACUAAAAGAAGGCUCAAAGUAUAUGGUAGGCUACCAUGAUUUUACUACAUUCAAGAAGGCUGAUAAGCUAGAUGUGUACAAGCACAAUCGUAGAGAAAUAAAUGCCAUUGAGGUGCGUCCUGGACGACCCAUGGUCACAAGCUUCACUAGCUCACACAAUGAUUCAUUUGAUUAUUGGGACAUUGAAAUCAAGGGCAGAGCUUUUGUACAUAAUCAGAUUCGUCGAAUGAUGGGCACUUUAAUAUGCGUAGCCAUAGGAAAGAUACCACCAGAGGAAGUGAAGGUAAUGCUUCAGAUUCCCUCAAAGCACUCUUGGCACACAUUCAUUCAGAACUGCCCACCAGACGGACUGUACCUUUGCAACGUCGAAUAUAACCCAGAGGAUCUAAUCUAUAAAUCACUGGACGCGACAGAGGAAGUUACAAGUGAGCAAAAACACUGCUACCCA